GGUUUUUCGUGUAUAUAAAGUAUAAAGUUGGAAAGAAAAAUGAUUGAAGCCGAAAGCAUUGAAGAUCAUAAUGGAUUGCGAUCAGAUGGUAGACGUGCUUUAGAAUUAAGGCAAAUUCGCGUAAGAAUGGGAGUUUUUGGGCAAGCUGAUGGAAGUGCCUAUAUCGAACAUGGUAACACUAAGGUUUUGGCCACAGUAUAUGGACCCCAUCAGCCGCGAGGUUCUUCAGGAAGAAGUUCAAGUAAAGUCACCAAAGGCAUAGUGAACUGUCAGUACAGCAUGGCGGUAUUCAGUUUAUCUUCCGGAGAACGUAAACGAAAGCCGAGGGGUGACAGAAAGUCACAGGAAAGAUCGCUUCAAUUGAAACAUGCGAUGGAAGCGAUAAUACAUCUAGAAUUAUAUCCACGUUCGCAGAUAAAUAUUUAUGUAGAGGUCCUGCAAGUCGAUGGAAGCGACUAUUGCGCGUCCGUAAACGCGGCUACGCUUGCUUUGAUCGAUGCGGGGAUUCCGAUCAAGAAUUAUGCUGUGGGCUGCACUAUAACAUUAGUCAACACUCCAACUGUAGAAGAGGAAGAUAAAACAUUGGGAACAGGAGUGUUAGAUGCAAAUUAUGUAGAGGAAUGUGCUCCUGGUGUUACAUUGUCUGUUGUUGCAUUACCGGACAGCGAUAAUCUAUCGAAAGAUGGUUUAAUAGUGGUAGCACAAGGAGCAGGGCAAAGAUUACAUUUAUCACAUCUAGAGUCUUUAAAGAAGCGUGUCUUAUAUGGUUGUCAGGACAUCAAAACUAUUUUAGACAAUGCAGUCAGGCAUUAUUUAACAGAGCAAUCUCUUCCUUCCCUAUUUCACGUUACAUCAGAUUAGAAGUAAAAGACAGACAAAUU